GUAUCUGACAUCGUUCUUCUCCGCGAGUUGUUCACGAUCGAGAGAGAGACACGUUGGUCCGAGAUACCGAAAGUCAAAGAGAACACGUUGGGAUUCGAGCAAAGCGACAACACCAUGGCCACGGAGAACGAGUCGACGACAAUGAGCGGGGUCCCCGUGCCCUUUGCUCUGGUCGAGCCGUCGGCGGCAGGCGACAAGCUCGGGGAUCGAGCCAAGGGUGCGAGCCUCAUGGCUGCGGAGAUGUGCAUCGUCCACAACUGCCUCAUCCGCGGCGUCAACGCCAUAUACAUCCAGUGCGUCAACGUGGCGACCAAGGGAACGGAGCAGGACAAGCUCGACUUCGUAGGGUUCGCCAGCGCCUGGGGCCGGAUGAUCGAGGAACACCACGCCAUCGAGGAAACGGACGUGUUCCCCGAGAUCAACGAGAUUACGGGGGUGCCGGGCCUCAUGGACGCCAACGUCGAGGAACACGCCGUGUUCCACGAGGGCUUGAGCUCGUUCAGCGCCUACAUCGAAAAGGUGAAGGACGGCGAGGAGGCGCUCGACGGCGACAAGCUCCGCGGCAUCAUCGACGGAUUCAUGCCGGCGCUGCGGGAGCAUCUCGAGCACGAGAUCACCACCCUGGUGGAGCUGGAUAGGUACUCGGACAAGUGCGACUGGUCCGCGUGGUUCACGAAGAAGGGGGGCGAGAUUGCGAGCAAGGGCAUGAAGUCUUCUAAAUACCGGAGUGAGGUGUUUCCGCUAGCCUUUUGCCUUCACGACAAGACGUUUGCAGGCGGCAUUUGGGCGAGUUUCCCGCCGAUCCCGUACUUGGCCACGUUGGUGCUGCGAUGGUUGUUCAUGGGCACGCACAAGGCGUGGUGGCGGUUCGCCCCAUGCGACCUGACGUCGCAGCCGCAGAAGAUGCCAUUUGCGUGAGGAAGGGAGGUGGAAGCGAGAGACACGGGCGCAGGAAAAGAAAAAGAAAGAGCGAGACGAGGUUUGUCUCUGAGCGGAUGGAUCGGGGUCGAUUCUAGCGUCAUAUUACAUGGGCCGCAGUCGCGAUGAUGACGAUAUCAUGGGGCGAGAGGCGCCGCCGAGGCAUGAUGAGGCGGGGAUGGAGCGGCUCCGAACGAGAACGUGUCGGGGGGGGUUCAAGCAAGGUCCGCCGUCCAGAGG